CACACACGAAUCAUCCAACACGAACGAAGACCAUGGCAACAAACACUAUUGUGAUCGUUGGAGCAGGCGUCUCCGGACUCACCACCGCCUUGCUGCUAUCGCAAGACCCGACCAACUCCAUCACCGUGGCCGCCAAACACAUGCCCGGAGACUAUGACAUCGAGUAUGCGUCUCCCUGGGCCGGUGCCAACUACUCUCCAAUGGGCGCAGCCGGUAGCAACCAAGCCAAAUGGGAACGAGAAACCUGGCAACCGCUGCGGGAGAUAACAGAGAAGCACCCGGAAGCCGGCAUCCACUUCCAAGACAAUGUGAUCUACAACCGUACCCAAGAUCAAGAGACAGCGACCGGCAAGAACUUCGCGGCCCUCAUGAACGCUGAGCCGUGGUACCGCGACGUCGUUCCCAACUUCCGAUCCAUGCCCAAAGACCAGCUCCCUCCCGGUAUUGACAGCGCCCAGACCUUCACUUCCGUCUGCAUCAACACCGCACUUUACCUCCCGUGGCUCCUGGGCCAGUGUCGCAAAAACGGAACCGUGUUCAAGCGCGCAGUUUUCAAGCACAUCACCGACGCAGCACAGACCCACCACUCUGGACGCAAAGCAGACAUUGUGGUGAACUGCACCGGUCUCUCCUCGAAAACACUCGGCGGCGUGCGCGAUGAGACCCUCUACCCAGGCCGCGGACAGAUCGUCGUCGUCCGCAACACGCCGGGGAAGAUGGCCGCCCUGUCCGGAACAGACGACGGGGAAGAGGAGCUAUGCUACAUGAUGACGCGCGCCGCCGGGGGCGGGACGAUUCUGGGCGGCUGCUACCAGCAGAACCAGUGGGAUCCGCUGCCGGAUCCCAACCUGGCGGUACGGAUCAUGAGGCGAGCGAUUGCGGCAUGUCCGGACCUCGUGGCGGAAGGGCAGGGCAUUGAGGGGCUGGACAUUGUCCGGCACGGAGUAGGGUUGCGUCCCAUACGAAAGGCUGGUCCACGGGUGGAGCAGGAGACAAUCGAUGGGGUCGCGGUGGUGCAUAAUUAUGGCCAUGGCGGGUUUGGAUAUCAGGCUUCGUUUGGAUGUGCGGCGGAGGCUGUGCGGUUGGUACAGGAAGGCCUACAACGCAAGGCGCAGGCAAAGUUGUAG